CCCAAUAGCCGGCUCUGAAAUCAGCUCGAAAUAUAAACAAUAAAGAUGGUAAAAGAUGCGCAGUUGCAGAGAGAUAAACGCCGGAAAAGUAUGGAGCUUGAGGAAGAAAUUCCUGUGAAGAAUGGUGGGGCCGAUCAAUGGAGAAACCUAAACUUAGUUUUGGCAAUAAAAAGCAAUGAAUUGAAUGACUACAAGAAGGUAGAGUUAAUUUUUGAGUUUGUGAAUUCAAGGGCCGAUAAAGGAGACAAUGACUCUGAGGAGUUCAAUGGGUUGAAUAUCACAAGAUUAAUAGCAGAAAUUAGUAAAUGGAUACAAUCAUUGUUGAUUGCCUCUGAAAAGAAAAUUAGGGCUGGAGACAAGGAGUCUGAGGGGUUACAGUUUUUCAUGGAUUGUAGAUGCUGGGAGAUACUCAAGUUUUGCUUGAAGGAGUCUGAGAAGCUGCUUGUUUCGUUAAGCUUAUCGAGGGAUCUGUUAAGGGUUAUUUCAUGCGUGGCUAAGAGUGUCUUGCAUUCAUUUAAUUUUGCAGAUACAGAUACAAAAGAAGUCACUUUUACUUCUGUAGAGUUUUUAUUAUUCAACACUAUAAUGGACUGCUUAAAGUUGCUGUUUUUCCCCAAUGGCCGAAUGUUGAACGAAAAUCUGGAUUUGUGGGCAGUGACUGUUAGCUCAGUGCUUGAACUUGUAAUCAGAAUUUAUAACGACAAUCAUCAAGAUAGCGGGGUGCGAAACUUAAUCACAGAAUUCUCGUGUUUGGUGCUCGAGCCAUUCUCCAAGUUUCUGAGACUGCAUCCUUGUCGCAAAAAUGGAUUUCGUGAUUUUGUAGAUAAACUUCUUGAACCACUUUUGCACCUGCUUGGUUUGUUGAAUGAUCAGCUCACGGGUAGAACUCACAAAAGUCCUGUUCUAGUGCAAAAUUUAUUCAAGCUGGUAGAGGAGAUUCUUUCUUAUGGAUUGUUUCAUCCAAUUCAUCUUGAUGAAUAUCUUUGCUUACAUAUCACAGAUAAGUACAGUUCAGAUGAUAAAAAAUUAGGAAAUGCAAGAACGAUCAUCAAAAGCUAUCACAGACACCUUUUUGACAAAGUGGAGAAUCUUGUUUCUGAGAGAAAGAUACAAGCUUUGUCUGGUAUAGGAGAAUUUUUCCGUUUGUUUGUUGUUAGUGUUAAAAAGCUGAAGAGGGAUACGCAGGAUGCAGGAAGUUUAAGGACCAUGGAACCUCAGGAUACGAAUCAUCUUUCAAAGGUUAGUAAUUUAACCUCAGAGAAGGGCCAUACCACUACAACUUCUGCCUCAGAAAUAAGGAAGUCGUUUUUCGAUUUUUUUGUUCUUUCUAUGGAGCCGUUGUUACUUGAUCUGAGCAAGCAUCUCCAGUCCGACUUUCAAUCUGGAACUUUCUUACUGAACGUGUACCACACUCUCAAAUCUGUGAAUAAAAUCUUGUCUAGCAUGGUGAGCGAAAGAGCCUACUUAAGAACAGAGGAUAGUUCUGGAGGAGCCUGUCUGAAUUUCUUCAAGAUAAGCUAUGGUCUUUUGAUGUCGUGUUAUUCUAAAUUUAAUAAAUUUUGUCUGUCAACAUGGAGCACAAACAGUUUUGUGCAAGUUGAAACAUUGAACUCAUUGGCUAAAGAGUUCAUCCUCAUAGUUGGAAACUUCCUAGAUAUUGAGUAUGAAGUCAUUGGUGAUGACUUGGUUAGCAUGUGGCUUAUGGUUCUUACCUGUUUAGCAUCAGCACAAACUUCAGAGGAUGUGUCACAACCGUGCCCAUUGUUUUCAGUUGCAGUUGACCUUGGAUGCCGACUGGUUAAUCUCUAUAGUGAGCUUCGCCAGGUGGAUCGCGCUGUCUUUGCAUUAUGCAAAGGACUGAGACAUCUAUCAUUUUGUCAAGGAGAUGGUCAAAUGAAGUAUUAUGAACUGUCACAAUGCAACUCAUCCCUUCAUUAUGAUAAAUUUGCCAAAUCAGGCUGUUGGUUAUUAUAUUCUCAGAAGUUUAGGCUGGCUGUUUGCAAUGUGAUAAAAUCUAUACCUGAAGGGCAGGCUGUUGAUUUUGUUCAAACUUUGUCUGCUGAUAUUUUGGAUUGUUUGGAGUGGAUGAAAGUUGGACGUUCAGGGAUGAAUGAAUAUGAAGUUGGAGAUGCUCAGUCAUGUAGGGUCAGUGCCCAAGCAGAACUUUUGGGUGUGGUCUUAUCUGAAAUUUAUACUCUAGUCCUGGAUUCUCUUUCAGUUUCUGCUGGUUAUAGUUACCGUAUGGGGGAAUCUAUAGAGGAGCUGAUGGUAGUUUUACGUCCCAGCAUGAGGCAUUUAACUGCCCUAGAGCAAGAUGGACCUGAUGGUUUUGUUUUCUCAGUGUUGGGAGUUACUCAAAAUAAGAACAUGGAUUGCGAUAAUAACAUCCUGAAUAAGAUUCCCUUGUUUCUCCUAUUCUUCUUUCGUGUGUAUGUAUCCUGUCGAAGCUUAUAUCGUCAAGCAUUGAGCCUCAUGCCUCCUGAUUCAUCUAAAAAAAUGUCAAAGGUGAUGUCUGACUUUUAUACCGCAAAUUCUGGCAAGGAUUGCAUGGAGAGGACUAAAUUUAAAGAUAAAGGAUAUUUUUCCUGGGUCAAAUCUUCAGUUUCUCUUCUGAGUAUCCUGCAAUUUAUAAAGAACAAUAUUUUCCGAGAAGGUUCCGCAGAUAAUUGUUGUUUGAUUUAUGUAAUGCAUACCAUGGCUUUACAAAGACUUGUUGAUCUAAGUAGGCAAAUUCAUUGCGUGGAGUAUCUUCUGCGUUUUAGUGAGAAUGGAAGAAGUGGCCAAUCAAUUGAUGAUGCUGAUCUAUCAAUUCCACAUAAAGGCAAAGAAAAGCAAGAGAAACUAGAGAAAAUUUUGUCUGCUUUAAAGCAAGAAACAUCUGGUCUAACGGGUUUCAUCAUGGAAUAUAUUUCCACAGUGGAUAAGAACCAACACCCUACCUCUAUUCGUAGCGGAACAGCUACUAAUAGUCCAUCCUCACAGCACAUGCUCUUUGACUCUUGGGAUUUGGGUGUCUGUACGGUGAAUGAAAAGACGCUGCCAACUGCAAUCUGGUGGAUUAUUUGCCAAAAUAUCGAUAUCUGGUGCCAUUAUGCUACUAAGAAGAGGUUGAAGUUGUUCCUUUCACUUUUAAUACUGAAUUCACUUCCAUAUGAAAAUACUUCUGGCGAGUUUGAGAAGCAGUACGAGAAUACUUCUUGCGAGGCAAUGAAAGUUACCAAGCAUCAAGUUUCGCAGGAACUUCUUCAUGAUACCAGUUUCUAUGACCAAAUAUUCGUGCGCAGGUAUAUGCCAUCCAGGGUUUGCCAUGUUUUAAAGAAGUGUAUAUCCCAGUUGUUUAAUGAUUCGACGGACAUUGAUGCUGAACUGGGUUCAUCUGAUUGGGAAAAUGACUUGGUUGUGCUCAAGCCGUUUACUCCUUGUACUCAUGGUGAUCUAGUCAAUGAUCAAAGGGACAAAGGAGCAUCAUUAAUUCCAGCCAAUGUGCAUCUUGCUGGUUGUCAAAGUAUACUGAAUCUUAUGUGCAUGAUGGUAGAGAUAUCAUUAAGCUCCAAAUCUUUCUCACAAUCUGUGAUAUAUUUAAUCAACUUCGAAAGGCUCAUCAUUGGCCGGUUACUAGAUUCUCAUGGGUCACCAUGUGUUCAUGAGCAUCACGAGUUCCUUCGACUGUUGGUUUCAUGCCGCAGAGCUUUAAAAUAUGUAUUAAUGGCAUUCAGUGUGGAGAAAUCAGCAGUGUGCAAUUUCACAAAGGUUCCAAUAUUCUCAGAGGUUCCAUCAUCUAUUCUGUGGCUGUUGGAUUCCAUUAAGUUAGUCAGUACAUGGUGGAAAACAUCAUCAUCACAGAACAAUAGUAGCCAGUGUAAUGAUUUGAUUGUCUCAUUGAGGGAUCAGACUUCAUAUGUGUUUGUCACUCUAUGCAAGCACCAUUUUGGUGCUGCAAUUCACUCAAUUGUGAGUCCUAAGAAAGCUAGAAAGUCUAGUUUUGACUGUGACAACAAUCAUUCAAAGGACUCUGAUUUUUCUGCAAAGUUGUCGAAUGAUGUCGGAGCUUGCAAAAGUGUGAUUAUGAUAGUUGAGGCAUUGGAGGAAGAGACAAAAAACUUACUUUUAACCCUGAAAGAGGCCUUUAGUGAUGUCACUGCUGAAGUAGAUGUAAGACUAGUGGAUCUGAGUAAAGCAUCCUCUGCAUUAUCAUGCAUUCAAGGUUUUCUAUGGGGAUUGGAAUGCGCUUUGAAUGAUACACUUGCAAGUGGGGAUGAUGUGAAAGUAAAAAUGAUGAAGAGUGAACAUAACAUCAUGUCUAGAGUAGUCAGUUUUAUAAAUAUUUUUAUGGAGCUAAUUGGUAUUUCAUCUCAGAUAUUUCUUCACAAUAAUCUUCCAGUCAAAAUUAUGUGUGAUGGCCAGGGGCAGCUGAAUUUAGAUAAUGAUAGCCAUGUUUUGGGAACAGAUGCAUCUCUAAAUACGAGUCUGAAUGGAAGGGAUACUGAACUUAAGAAUCAAAUUGGGAAUUCAGGAUCUGAGAUGACGACCUUAGCUACACGUGCUCUUCAAAAUGGCUCUGAUUCUAGUCGAAAAAAGAGAAGGUCGAGGUCAGAUAAUUCGCACUCAGCCAUUUAUGGUCUUACUGAAUUUAACUCAUUUAAUUAUAACUGUCUUAGGAUUGACUUGCUGAUCAGUUUCUUAAAUGGUCAAAAUCAAGAAGCAGCAUUUUUCUUGAGAGGUUUAUUUAUUGUUUCUUCAGCAAUCUUGAGGCUAAGUGUACUGAUUGAUUGUUCUCCCUUGGCAUCAAAUUUAAUUCAAAAAUUUCUUGGCUGCUCUGAAGUAUUGUUGACGAAAUUUUCUGAAAUGCUCGACUUUCCGAGUUCAUCUUCUUUUGUUUGGUUGGAUGGUUCUGUUAAAUUUCUGGAGGCAAUGGGGAGUUUAUUUGCAUCAACUAGUUCUGUCGCAGCUAGAAAUACCUACACCAAACUGGUAGAGUUGCACAUGAAAGCUAUAGGAAAAUGUAUUUCUUUACAAGGAAAAGGAUCUAGGUUGGCUUCUCAUAUUGGAUCAAGUGCCAAGAUAUGUACUGAAGGACGAGAUUAUGAAACAACUGGCCGUGACCCUUUCUAUGGAUUAGACAAUCUCAAGACAAGGUUAAGGAUAUCUUUCAAAUCUCUCAUUGAGAAAUCAUCAGAACCACUACUAUCACCUGUUUUGCAAGCUCUUGAAAGAGCAAUAGUCGGUCUACGAGAAGGCUUUCCAAUUAUCUAUGAGGUUAUGAAAGAAGGUACUGCUGGAGGUACAGCUUCUGCGAUUGUUGCCGGCGCUGUUGAUUGCUUGGACUUGCUUCUUGAAUUCUAUAAAGGGAAAAAGCAAUUGAAUGUGGUCCGAUCACACAUCAAUGGCCUUUUUGCCUCAUUAUUCAACAUUAUUGCGCACCUACAAGGUCCCUUGGUAUUCUACUCAAAACCAAAUGGAAUUGCAGUAAAUAAGAAUCCUGACUCAGGAUCUGUGGUUCUCAUGUGUGUUGAGGUAUUAACCAGGAUUUCUGGAAAGCGUGCCCAAUUUCACCUAGAUUCCCAUCACGUGGGGCAGUCUUUACACAUACCAGCAGCAGUGUUCCAAGGUUUUUGCCUCAUUGGAGUAGGCAAAGAUUCUCGUCAAAGUUCCAUAAGAUCGGAUGGCAAAGAGUACGAAAAACUUGAAAGUUACUUUCUGGUUGACAGCCAGUUCUCAGUAAAUUUAUAUGCUGCAUCUUGCCGUUUGUUAUGGACAGUUGUUAAACACCGCAAGAGUGAAUGUGUACGGUGCAUUUCUGUUCUUCAAAAUUCACUUCAAGUACUCCUCUGUUGUCUGGAGAUUGUUAGUUCGGACUCAGAAGACCGAAAGCCUUACUUUACUUGGAAUGUGGAAGAGGGUGUAAAAUGUGCCAAUUAUCUGAGAAGGGUUUAUGAAGAGAUCGGACAGCAGAAGGAUGUUUUAGGUCAACAUUGCUUUAUGCUUUUAUCAGAAUACAUAAGGAUUUAUUCAGGACUUGGUCCACUGAAAAGGGGAAUCAAAAGGGAGAUCGAUGAAGCCCUGAGGCCAGGUGUCUAUGCUUUGCUAGAUGCUUGCUCAGCGGACGACCUUCAGUAUCUUCAUACUGUAUUCGGAGAGGGUACUUGCAGAAGUACAUUGGCAAGCUUGAAGGAUGAUCACAAACGGCAACAGUAUGAAGGAAAAGUGUGACGAGAAAGGCGUCAUCCUUCUCUUACAGCAACAAUUUUAAAGCCUUCCAUUAUGCAGACCUUGGACGCGCACCUGCACACAGUUUUGUGGUAGAAAGCAGAACAGCGUGGACUGGUAUCACAUUGCUUAUUGAAAUCCGCAUAGAUAGAUAUAGAACAAAAUUCAGGAGAGCUAUUCUGCUAUAACAACAACGAGAAAGACAACCCGAAAGGGGGAGAGGGGCGGGUUGAAAAUUUUGUCAUCAACUUUUUGUAUACAUACAGUCUAGAGACGAAACAGUUCAAUCCUUUUCCAGUCACAAGUAUAGCAUUUUUCAUUUUGUUUGACCCCUUAUUUCAGCAAAAUCUUGAUAGUUUUCACAUUUGUAACCCAAUUGUAUGAAGGGACAUAUCUAAUGACACAGUUUUAUUGGCACAUAUAUUAAAAAGAUGAUCCAUUCAAGUCCA